ACAACAAAUUGUAGUAAAAUUUUAUCCGUUGGCGAAUUGUGAUGGCUUUUUCACAGGAAAAAACAGGAAAAAAUGCGUGUUUGUUCUCUUUCACCUGUUAAUUACUAGUAAAUAAAACCCAGUAUUUUGUCUAAUCAGUAGCUUUUUUUUAAUUUUGUUGAAACAAAAAACUAUGCACUAUAAGAAUAAACAGCUUUUAGAAAAUCAAAUUUCGAACAUGAAUAAAACAUUUAAAAAUCCAGCAAAAGAUGAUGCCGAUGAUUUGUUGUUAAAAAAUUAUGAUAGAACUUAUGGAAGACCAAAGAAAAGCUCAUCACCUCAAUUGAGUCCUAGAUCAUCAAAAAUUAAAAAAGGUUACUGGAAAAAACAAUCAGCAAUAAUAAAUUCAUCAUUAAAAGAAACAUUUGAUAAUGCAGCUCAAGAUGAUGAUGAUGACGAUGAAUUUGAUGAAAAAAUGUUUAAAAAAUCACAUGGUAAUUCAAGCAGAGUUCAGUUUGAUUUACAGGAUAAAUUAAAUAUUCCAGAAUCAUCAAAUAUUCAUAAUAUAAAAUCAAAAUGGUACAAUGCACUUUAUCCAACCUACAAAUCAAGACUAGAAGAAUUUAAAAUGACAUUUUUAAAUAUGCCAGAUGAUGAACGACUUGUUGUUGAUUAUUCAUGUGGUUUACAAAAAGAUGUAUUUAUACAUGGACGUCUUUAUUUAUCACAAAAUUAUAUAUGUUUUUAUUCAAAAACUUACAUGUCAGAAACAUCAAUAAUCCUACAAUGGAGUGACAUUGUUUCAAUAACCAAAGAUAAAUCAACAAUAGUACCAAAUGCAAUAUUGCUAUCAACUAAAAAUGAUAAAUUUUUAUUAACAACAUUUGGAGCUAGUGAUAAAACUUAUACAAUGAUGUUGAAAAUUUGGAAAAGUGCAUUAAUUAAUCAGCCACUAAGUAACGAAGAAACUUGGCAAUUAAUUCAUACAAGUUAUGGUGAUGAACUGGGUCUAUCAUCAGACGAUGAUGAUGAUAAAAGUUUCCCAAAUAAAUAUCUUGGUGAUUCAUUUUCUGAGUUUGAAGCAUCAUUCAUGGCUCAUUCACGUGUUCAUUCUCGUGCUCAUUCAACAUUUUCAUUUCCAAAUGAAAAUAAAAAUAUUUCAUUAAAAUUAAAUAAUAAUUUUGAGCUAUCAAAUAAUAAAAAAGAUUUAAAUGAUCCAAGUGAAGAUGACAGUGAAAAUGAUAAUCUUAAUAAAAGUAUUAAAAAUGAUUCAGAUUGUACAGAUGAACAUGAUGGUCGUGAAAUAAUAAAUACAACAAUACCAAUAAAUAUUGAUCAAUUAUUUAUAUUGCUAUUUACUGGUUCAAAAUUUUUUUUCGAUUUUCAUACAUCAAGAAAUACAAAAAAUUUAAUACAAUCAGCAUGGAUUAAAAAUCAAGAUAAUGGUUUAAAAAUGCGUAAUAUUACAAUGACAGUAUCAUUGAAUCAAUCAGUUGGACCAAAAACAUCACAAGUUAGUGAAAAACAAAUAAUGUUACCAUAUUGUUCACCUGGUUCAAAAUAUUCCAUUGAUAUUGAGACAACAAAUGCUGGUAUACCAUAUGCUGAUUCAUUUGUUGUUAAUACACAUUUUUGUAUGACAGCAUUAUCUGAAUGUGAAACAAAUAUUAAAAUACAUUCAAAAGUUGAUUUUAAAAAAGACGUAUGGGCUAUGAUGAAAAGUUUAAUAUUAAAAAAUUGCUGGAAUGGAUUGGAAGAAUUUUAUGGAAGUUUAAUAAAAUCAGUUGCAUUAGAAUGUGCUGAUAUUAAUAUGAAAGAUAAUAGCUUAAAAAAUUUUACAAAAACAAAUGAAACAUAUGUUUGUUCUGAUAAAACUGAUAGAGCAAAUUCAUCAAUUUGUAAAAAACAAAAAAAUGAUAAUUUAAAAUUUCAGGGAACUUUUAAAACACCAGAUGAUGGUGUUACAAUUAUCAGUUGGAUUCUUCUUGUUGCUAUAUUAUUUUUAAUGUUAAUUAAUGGAUUACUUUAUUAUAAAUUAUGGGGACUUGAAGAUGCUGCUGCUUAUACUGUUAUGGAUCUUCAUGUACUUAAAAAUACACCAAAAACAGAAGAGGAAUGGAUUAAUUUAUUGCAACAACAGGAAAGUUUACAUAAUGUUGAAAUGAGAAAAUGGCAAAGAGUUUUACAUACUGCUGCACAAUUAUUAAAACAGACAGAGGAAUCCUUGACUGAGUUAAGAAAAAGCAUGCACCCAACAGCAACUGAUAAAAUAUUCUCAGUCUUAAAACCACAUUUAUAAUUAAUUUUUUUUUUUUUUUUAAAUAAACAAAAACGAAAAAAGAUAUGAACGAGAUCAACUGAUACACCUCAAAGAUUUAAAGUAAUUUUAAUUUAAGCUUUUCUUUUUCUUUUAAUU